GGUGCAGGCGGGUCUGCAAUAUUCGGUGCAUUCUUGUCUGAUCCGGAACGAUCCACUGGAAGAAAAUGACAACGUCCGGUGGUGCGAUCGAUGGUGGCAACAGCCAACGUAAAGGGCACAGGCGUAAUGAAUCGAUGUACGCGAUGACCGGCUUGUAUUCGGAAGCGCAAACCGACGACAGCAGCGCCGACAUUCCGCAGGACACCGAAUCGGAGUCGCUGCCGAUGUCGGUGAACACUGCCACAACCGCGACAACCUCGGCCACCGCUACCGCCGACACCGUUAUCAAGUGCCACAGCCGACAACCGUCCAGCAGUGUGAUGAUGGACCGCGAAAAGCCGCUACCGAACGUGCUGCUGAUCAAUGAGGAUUAUACACGAGACUGUGGAAUCCUAAACUGUCGACCAUCGGCGGUACAGCACUUUGCACGGAUAAAGGUGUUUGUCCUGCUGCUUUCAAUCCUAGUAACGUUACAGCAGGCGCUCAGUUCCGGGUAUAUAAACUCCGUGAUAACGACGAUAGAGAAGCGGUUUGAAAUACCAUCCAGCUUGUCCGGUUUGAUAGCGUCUAGCUACGAAAUCGGCAACGUUAUCACGGUCAUUUUCGUUAGCUACCUUGGCAGCCGGCGCCACAUCCCGGUCUGGAUCGGUAUCGGUGCGGUCAUAAUGGGUAUUGGUUCGCUCGUGUUCAUGGUGCCCCACUUUACCGGCGAACCGAACCCGGGCAUAAUGAUUGACAAUAAAACGUCCGACAACAUCUGUCGGUUGGUAUCGGUACGUGAGCAGGACAUGGGGCUUGGCAGGCUCUCGAAUAGCCUUUCAAAUCCACCGCUCACGUCUCACAAUUUAAGAGGAGACAAUUGUCUUAAAAGCAAAUCGUCAACCUUCGGGCCUGUGAUACUGUUUGUAAUUGCGCAAAUAUUGCUCGGAGGAGGCGGUAGUCCACUGUUUACACUCGGCACCACGUACGUCGAUGAUCACGUCCGGAAGGAAAGCUCGUCGAUGUAUAUCGGUGCGAUGUACAGUAUGGCUGCCUUUGGUCCCGUGCUUGGCUUCCUGCUCGGUGCUUAUCUGCUGUCAUUCCAUAUGGAUUCCUUUUCCGGCAGCGAUAUCCAUAUCGAUCCUGACGAUCGCCGAUGGGUUGGCAUGUGGUGGGGUGGCUUCUUGGUGUGUGGUAUCCUGCUCAUCAUUGUUGCGGUACCGUUUUUCUCCUUCCCAAAGGUUCUAACACGCGAGAAGAAGAAAAUACGCAUUGCCGAGCAACGGUUACCCCAGCUGCAGCAAUUAACAUCGAAUAACUCCAGCAGUUUGCCCCGAUCGCAGCCGAAUCUGGCCCAGCAGCAAACGGGAACUCUGCCGCAGCAGCAACAGCCGCCGCCUCAACAACAACAAACAGGACAUGCUGCCAAUAAUGCACCGCAAGCAAACAAACCGGGCGAGGACACCGGAUAUGGAAAGGACAUUAAAGACAUUCCCCAGUCAAUGUGGCGUCUAGUAACGAACCCGGUGUACAUUGUCACCUGUCUUGGCGCCUGCAUGGAGCUGAUGAUUGUGUCCGGGUUUGUCGUGUUCCUACCCAAAUACCUCGAGACGCAGUUCAGUCUGGGAAAGAGCCAGGCAAGCGUUUUUACUGGCUCCAUCGCAGUCCCUGGCGCCUGUAUCGGUAUCUUCAUCGGGGGUUGCAUUUUGAAACGCUUCCAGCUAAAGCCAAAGGGUGCUGUCCAGUUUGUGCUAAUUUCGAACCUUAUAUGCCUCUCCUGCUACGGUCUGUUGUUCUUCCUUGGGUGUGAAAAUCUCAAAAUGGCUGGCACCACCAUACCGUACUACAAUAGUUCGGCCCACAACGUGGAACCGUUCCAGGUGAAUCUGACGGCGGCGUGCAAUUUUGGAUGCGAGUGUCACAUGUACGAUGUGGAGCCAGUUUGCGGCAACAACGGGUUGACAUAUUUUAGCCCAUGUCAUGCCGGGUGUACGGCAUUUUCAUCUAGCUCGAAUUACACUAACUGUGCUUGCGUACAAGCAAACGUAACAAACAAUAGCAUUUAUCGAGGCGCAGAAGGAGCACAAGCGCAAGCCCUGAACGCUCAUGAAGCAUUCGCCGAGGUGACGGUUGUGCCAGUGGCAACCGCAGGAGUUUGCAACACACCCUGUCGUACGAUCUAUCCCUUCCUGAUACUGCUAUUCUUCAUGACGUUCGUUGUGGCUUCGACGCAAAUGCCUCUGCUCAUGAUUGUUUUGCGGUCCGUUUCGGAAGAGGAACGAUCGUUCGCUCUCGGCAUGCAGUUUGUCAUAUUCCGUCUGUUUGGCUACAUCCCGGCUCCUAUCGUUUUUGGCAAUUUGAUCGAUUCUUCCUGUCUACUGUGGAAAUCCACAUGUGGUGAAAAGGGUGGUCGAUGCUUGAUCUAUGAUAUAGAAAAAUUCCGUUACAAAUACGUUGGAUUAUGUGCGUCAAUUAAAAUUAUUGCCUUGGUGAUCUUCAUCAUUGACUGGUGGCUUGUGAGACGACGAAAAAACAUGGACAAGAUGAAUCCUCUGUCGACGAACGAGCUGGUGGGGUCGAUUAUAAGUUUAGACAAAUUAUUUGAAGAGAAGAGCACUUUGGAUGAAAGCAUCAUGGUACCGUUCAAUGGUGAAUGCAUUUCUGGAGACGCUCUCGCAGAGAACAACAAGCGUAUAUUGGUCGCUAGUCGUCAUCAGCGGAACGAUUCUAAAACCAUUCAGCUGGAGUACGAUGAUGGUGGUGGUGUCCAUCAGCCCUACCGCUUGCCACCGGCUGCGUCGGCCACCCGCAAACACUACCGCAGCAAUUCCUGUGAUAUCAAAAUCCAGCGCAGCAACUCCGCUACCAAUCGCGAGGUAGACUUCCACGACUGGAAGCUGAAGCGCUUCAUGCGUCACCACACGCGCAACAACUCGCACGACUACAACAACGAACAGCAUCGCCAUCAGCAGCAACAAACGUCCUCCUCCUCAUCGGGCCAUCUCGGACGAUGGAUUGCGUUGCAGCAACAGCAGCAUAGUAGUACGGGCGAUCAACAUUCGGGCGGUGCGAGCAACAUUCGCUACAUCCUAAACCAUCUGAAGCCGGGAGCGAGUGGUUCGGAGCAUGUCAAGUUGGGCUACAGCAGUAGCUGUAGUGGCGGUGCCGGUGCUGGUGUCCCGGCGAAGAAGAAACGCCACACGCGCAACUAUUCUUACGGGCAGGAGUUCUCCUUUCUGCCAAAUAAUGUCAUCAUUCGACUGGAUAACGACAUUGCCAACAAGUUCCUCAGCUCCACCGGUGCGCCCGUUACCGGGGGUGGCUCGUCACGGAAAAGUUCCUUCUCGCACGAUGUGGCAGCGGUGCUAAAGAACAACAACAUCGGUGUGCUGAACAACAUGAAGCACAGUAGCGAUCUGAAUGAGGAGCUAGAGUCCAAGUACGGUAAGGGUCACUCGCGUACCAAUUCGCGUGAUUUGAAUCUACUCAACCUAGCACCGGGGACGCACACCGGAUCGGGAGUUGUCGAGCAGGGUGGAGGUGUUGGUGGUGCACCAAGUACCGGGAUUCUGGGUGGUAUAAAAUCACUUAUCGAGGACUCGAACAGCAUAUUGCGCCAUCGACGCACCAACUCCAAGGAUCUAAAGUACGGCGCUUAUCAACCGUGCAGUAGUAGUGGCACGGAACCGGUGGCACCAAUCGUCGGAAGCAAUGCACUCGUGCGCAAGCUAUCCUCGGCAGCCGUUAUACUGCCGCCGGUGGUUGAUUCAGCUCACGAACCUGGACGAAGUAGUUCAUCCGUACUACCGCCGGUCGUAUCUUCCUGCCUAGCAACGAUCGCGUCCGGGGAACAUGCGAAGGGCAGUGUUCAGCCGGAAUCGUUGCAACUGCUGCUGGACAAAAAUAAUGUGGUGCCGGAAGAGGAACCGACCUGCUGUUCUUCGCCGUCUGCCUCUUCCUCCACGUCGUCGCCAUCAUCGGCCUCUUCCGUGUCGUCAACGGUGGUGGCAAAAGUUUAG